AUGGAAAGGCCUCGGGCAUCCUCAGAGACUGAUGAUAGUAACAAAGGAUACUUGAUGCAGAGCGAUAAUGGGCGUGGACAUUUGUCUGCUCGGCAAGCCUGGGACGAAUACCAUGGUCCUGUGGCGGAAGCAAAAAGGCAAGACUCGACCUGGGCGUCUACCAAAGCGCGUAACAGGGCGUACCAACGCAGGGGCCAACUUGUCAAGUUGAUUAUGGCGAGGGCCGAAAAGGAAAAGCAAUCAAUCGAGCCCAUUUUGGAUACCUUGACAACCAGCUACAAGGGUCGAUCUAUCAACUUUGCUCGAGAACAAUUUCUUGCAAGCAGCAAGGAAUGA